CAAAAAGAAAACCUUACUAUGUAAACUAAACCUUGCGAUUGGAUUUGUGUUGAAUGCAGAAACUUGAAUUACUCAUUUAGAAAGAUUUGUAAUAGAUGUCAGUAGUGCACAAGAGAUACGCCAGGAACUCGAUUUAUUCCUAACAAAGUUGAUUAGGGAUAACAAAUACUUGAAACACUAAAGCUAUAGGAAAUAGAUUUGGGAGGGAGCAGUCACAGUUCGACAGACAGCAAUGAAGAUGAUGAAAAUGGAGUAUUUUCUCAAGCCUUAUUUCUUGAGGAUCUAUCAAAAAGCUCUUAGAGUGUUAAAAAAUCAUUCUCUUUCUUGAAAAAAUGUUAAGUAUGCUGCAAUUAGAAUUACUUUUACUAAUAAAAGUGUAGUCAUUGUGGAUAUUCUUCGUUUAUUUGA